AUGUGCAAAGAUUCUACUAGUUUCCUUCAUGUUGCCCACAUACUCAAGAGGGCUCCUCGGAUAUCUAUUCCAUUUCUUCUUGAUCUCAAUUCAAGAUUUUUAUGGGUGAAUUGUGAGCAAAACUACUCAUCAUCAACCUAUAUAGCUCCCUCUUGCAACUCCACUCAAUGUUCAAGGGCCGGAGUUCACUACUGCCACAAAUGUCCCUCCAAUUCUUCUAGGACUGGGUGUCAUAACAGUACAUGCUUUCUUUUAACCAACAACCCACUGACUCGUCGAAACGCCAUUGGAGAGCUUGCACAAGAUGUUCUUUCCAUUUACAGAUCUCAAGGUCCAAAAUCAAGUCCAUGCGUGAGAGUUCCUUAUUUGCUUUUUGCCUAUUUGGAGCACUCAUUAUUCAGAUCUUUUGCGAAAUUGUUCAUGAAUCAACUCAUAGGAGUUCCUCAGGUGAAACCAGUUUUACAAUUUGAGGUAUGCUUCAAUUUCAACUACUUAGCAAGUACCAGAACUGGCCCUGAAGUUCCUAGAAUUGAUUUCAUGCUGCAAAAUCAAAAGUUUAGCAGGACAAUUAUUGGCGAAAAUUCCACGGUACAAGUAGAACAAAAUGUCUCGUGUUUAGCCUUUGUUGAUGGAGGAACUAACCCCACGGCUUCAAUUGUCAUAGCUACACAUCAACUGGAAAAUAAUCUUCUUCAAUUUGGUCUUGCAAAGAACAGAUUAGGGUUUGCAUCUUCGCUACUUUUGCGUCAUAUUACCUGUGCUAACUUCAAUUUCACCUUGCAUUCGUACCAUUUGUAA